AGUGCUGGCAAGUUAGUGUAACUGACAGCUGAUGGGUAAAUAUAUCUGUUUCCUUCAAAUAUCUAACACUCUACCUCCUCCAGAGAAAAUAUCCUGUGGCUGCCGUCCAUGGAGGCGGGGUUUAUCCACUGAAAGGCGGGGAGUCACGUCUGUUGUCCGCAGGUGAGCGUCUGUCGAGGAAGAAAACGACGUAUGAGAAGUAGAGCGCUGAAAAAACCUUCAAACAUGACUCUAACAUAAGUCGUACACGAACUGGAUUCUUAAGGACAUAAAAUCGACCAUGGUGAAUUUAGGAGUAUGCUGUGCCAGCCUCAAGGACAACAAGACCCUGAUGAAGAUGGGGCUGGGGCUGGUGCUGGUGGGCCAUGUCAACUUCCUUCUUGGAGCACUUGUGCAUGGCGCUGUGCUCAGGCACAUCAACCUGCACUCUCAGGCUAGAACCAUGGUGUACGCCAUCUCUAAUGUCAUUGCCAUCGUGGCUGGCUUAGUGGGAAUCAUCAGUGGAAUAACGGCUAUUGUCCUAUCCAAAAACAAGAAAAACAGGAUCCUGCAGUGGGUCCUGUUGGUCAUCAGCUUCAUUGCGGGUCUUCUGGCAGUUGCCUCCAUCCUUGGCUUGUCAGUUUCUAUGGUGAAAGCCAUUAUGCACAAAGGACGGAGCCUGCUAACGCACUGCACUUUCACUGAUAUAGAUGCUGGCUCCUCUUCCAGCAUCACUUACGAAUGCCCCUUUGACCCCACUCGCAUUUAUGGGACAACAAUCAUUCUGUGGGUGCCUCUCAUCUUGAUGUGUUUGGUGGAAACAGUGUUCUCUUUCCGCUGCUUCGCUGCCUGUACUUCAUACCUCUACCUCUGUCCUUGCAGGAAGAGGCCGAUCAUGGCCAAAAGGGUGCGCAUCCAAAGAGCUUAUCCUCCAGCCUCACCUCCAGCAAGAGCUCCAUCACCAGAUGUUGAAGCAGAGCCUGCUGAGCAGGAUGAACUGCUGGACUCCGGGACUGCCGUGGAGCAGAGUGAAUGGCUCUGAUGCAGAUAAACCUAAUAAGAUAGGUUGAAAACUGCUGGGCUCAAUUUUAUAAAAGGCACUGUCAAUUGUGAAGUUGUAUUCUGUUAUGCAUUUAUUGUCUGAAAGCGACAUUUGACUUUACCAGCAAAAGCAACUGCAUUUUAAUCCCCUUCUUAUCAAGAGGGGGGACUUUUUGUAAAACAAUAUUGCUGUUGGUUUGGUCCCAAAGUAUGCAAUUUUCUGUGUGUACACUGUUAUUGUCUUGAAAAUACUGUUAGCUGUUACACUUGUCUUGGUAUUAAAAUGGUUUGCUUUUUAAAAUGUGAAACUUCUUCCUGAGACCGAAAGUAACUGUUUGUAGUCUUACUUUGGAAAUCCAAUAACGUUAUAGAAAAAAAGCUUUGUAAAUUCUUAAGGGCAAUUUUUUUUAUUGGUUUUGAGAGUGUGUUCAACACACCAGGGUCAGAUUUAUAGGACAUUUGCAAGCUCUGUUGUGAAACACUAUUACUCAUGUCUCAGAAUAUAAAUAUAUACAACAAAUGA